AUGUCGAGAAGCUCUCAGAGCUCCUGGGCCUUGGGCCUGGGCCUGAUCGCAUGGAUCUGCCUUCUUUUCUCGCCGCUUGCCUUUGUCCAGACUGUGCAAGCUUCUGAUCCCUCGGAAUACGGCACCGUCAUUGGUAUUGAUUUGGGUACCACAUACUCUUGUGUCGGUGUGAUGCAGAAUGGCAAGGUCGAGAUUCUCGUCAAUGACCAAGGAAACCGAAUUACCCCAUCAUAUGUCGCAUACACUGAUGAAGAGCGACUGGUUGGAGAUGCCGCCAAGCAACAAGCUGCUAGCAACCCGUACAACACCAUUUACGAUGUCAAGCGGUUCAUUGGCCGCAAGUUCGACGACAAGGAUGUCCAGACAGAUCUCAAGCAUUUCCCUUACAAGGUUUCCAAGAAGGAUGGCAAGCCCGUGGUUCAAGUUGAGGUUGCCGGGUCUGAGAAGACUUUUACUCCUGAAGAAGUCUCAGCCGUUAUUCUUAGCAAGAUGAAGGAGGUUGCCGAGUCCUACUUGGGCAAGAAGGUCACCCACGCCGUCGUCACCGUCCCUGCCUAUUUCAAUGACAACCAGAGACAGGCUACCAAGGAUGCUGGCACCAUCGCCGGUCUUAACGUCCUCCGUAUUGUCAACGAGCCCACGGCGGCUGCCAUUGCCUACGGUCUGGACAAGACCGGUGGUGAGCGCCAUAUCAUUGUCUACGAUCUUGGUGGUGGUACUUUCGAUGUGUCCCUUCUGUCUAUCGAGGAUGGUGUAUUCGAGGUCCUGGCAACUGCUGGUGACACCCAUCUCGGUGGUGAGGAUUUUGACCAGCGCAUCAUCAACCACCUGGCCAAGUCGUACAACAAGAAGAACAGUGUUGACAUCACCAAGGAUGCUAAGGCCAUGGGUAAACUGAAGCGCGAGGCCGAAAAGGCCAAGCGAACCCUCUCUUCGCAGAUGUCCACCCGCAUCGAAAUCGAGGCCUUCUGGGAGGGCAAGGACUUUUCCGAGACCCUUACCCGGGCCAAGUUUGAGGAGCUCAACAUUGAUCUUUUCAAGCGCACCCUGAAGCCUGUUAAGCAGGUUCUCGAUGACGCCAAGCUCAAGAAGGACGAGAUUGAUGAUAUCGUCUUGGUCGGUGGCUCUACUCGUAUCCCCAAGGUUCAGGCUCUUCUGGAGGAGUUCUUCAGUGGUAAGAAGGCCAGCAAGGGUAUCAACCCUGACGAGGCUGUCGCAUUCGGUGCCGCUGUUCAGGCUGGUGUUCUUGCUGGUGAGGAGGGUACUGGCGACGUCGUCCUGAUGGAUGUCAACCCGUUGACCCUCGGUAUCGAGACCACUGGUGGAGUUAUGACCAAGCUCAUCAACCGCAACACUCCCAUUCCCACGCGUAAGAGCCAGAUCUUCUCUACCGCUGCCGAUAACCAGCCCGUCGUCUUGAUCCAGGUCUACGAGGGUGAGCGCACCAUGACCAAGGACAACAACCUGCUUGGCAAGUUCGAGCUUACUGGCAUUCCUCCGGCACCCCGUGGGCAGCCUCAAAUCGAAGUCUCGUUCGAGCUGGAUGCCAACGGCAUUCUCAAGGUCUCGGCCCACGACAAGGGAACCGGCAAGAAGGAAGAGAUCACCAUCACCAACGACAAGGGUCGCCUUACUCAGGAAGAGAUUGACCGCAUGGUUACCGAAGCCGAGAAGUACGCUGAGGAGGACAAGGCUACUCGUGAGCGCAUUGAGGCCCGUAACGGUCUCGAGAACUACGCCUUCAGCUUGAAGAACCAGGUCAACGACGAGGAGGGUCUUGGUGGCAAGAUUGACGACGAGGACAAGGAGAGCAUUCUGGAUGCUGUCAAGGAGGCCACCGACUGGUUGGAGGAGAACGGUUCUACUGCAGCCGCAGAGGACUUCGAAGAGCAGAAGGAGAAGCUCUCAAAUGUAGCAUAUCCAAUCACAUCCAAGCUGUACAGCGGAGGUGCUGGCGGCGAGGAUGAUGAGCCCGUUGACCACGAUGAGUUGUAG